CUGCUGCCAUCAGUGAAAGACAAAGACAGAGUUUAUUGAAGGACAGUGAGAAGAUGAGUGAUCCAGAACCCUGCAGAAUUAAACAGGAAGAGACUGAAGAACUAAUAGGUGUGAAGGUGAAGGAGGAGAGUGAAGAACUGAGUGAAGAUGAGGAGAAACAUCAUGUCAAGAGGGAAGAAGAAACUCAAUCAAAGACUGAAGAUGAAUUUUCAGUGGAAAGAACAGCUGAGAAAGGUUUCACCUGCACUCUGUGUGGAAAGAGUUUCAGGCACAAAUGCUAUCUCGAGUAUCACAUGUGGAUACACACAGGAGAGAGACCUUACAAGUGUUCACACUGCAACAAGAGAUUCAGUCGUUCAGGAAACCUGAAAACACACAUGCUGAUCCACACUGGAGAGAAAACACACAGAUGUGAUCAGUGCGGCAAAACUUUUCUGAGGGCUUUAGCACUGAGGAACCAUCUUAGACUUCACACAAGCGAAAGGCCUUAUUCAUGCACUGAGUGUGGAAAGAGUUUUACACAGAAAUCACAUUUAAAAGAUCAUCAGAAGAUCCACACUGGUGUGAGAGAGUUUGUGUGCUUUGACUGUGGGAAGAGUUUCAUUAGAGCUGGACAAUUGAAACGACACCAGAUGAUUCACACUGAAGAGAAAACCUAUGAGUGUUCACACUGCGAUGAGAGAUUCAGACUGGCUGGCACCCUUAGACAUCACAAAAUGACUCAAACUGGAGAGAAACUGUUCACAUGUACUCGGUGUGGGAAAAAUUUGAAACAAAUAUCAAACAUUAAUGAACACGCGCUGAUCCACACUGGAGAGCGAAAACACAAAUGUGAUCAGUGCGGAAAAACAUUUUUGAGGCCUGCAGAGCUGAAAAGACAUCUUAGACUUCAUACUAACGAGAGGCCUUAUUCAUGCUCUGGGUGUGGAAAGAGUUUUACACAGAAAUCACAUCUUAAGAAACACAAGCUGAUCCACACUGGAGAGAAACCACACAGAUGUGAUCAGUGCAGUAAAGCAUUUAAGAGGCCUGCAGAGCUGAGGAGACAUGUUAGAGUUCAUACUAACGAGAGGCCUUUUUCAUGCUCUGAGUGUGGAAAGAGUUUCAGACAUCCGUCACGUUUAAAAUACCAUCAGAUGAUUCACACUGGAGAGAAACCUUACAAGUGUUCACACUGCAACGAAACAUUCAGACAAUCAGGACACCUGAAAAUACAUGAGAGGAGUCACACUGGAGAGAAAAAUAACAACCUAAAAAAGCAGAAUGAAAUUUCCCUUCCUGGAAACUACUCUGUAUUCACACACACCAGAUUUCUCAGUUAAACAGCCCCUGUUAUUCAUUAUAAAAGGUCCUAUUUUGGUUUUGGGGUCUCCGACAACAGGCUGAUGUGAACGCAAGCUCAAAGAACACUGUUAUUGUCUUAUAAUAUGCAUUUAUUUUUACCUAAUGACCCCAAUAACUCCCAUAUGAUUUGUUCAGCGAUCCAUUUUUUCCAAACUCUUGCUUUGUGUGACGCUAAUCUGCGGUGAUUAGUCUGAUGACCCAGUCUGUUGUGAUUGGUUGACCACGUUCAAUGCAAGACUGAUAGAAAACGCCCACCACAGCUUAUCAAUAUACUGGAGCAACUAUGACAUCAGUUUGUAUGCAAAAACUCGUAAGCAGUUAGCAUGUUAGCAGUUCUGGUUCCCUCGUCCCAGAGUCAGUGGGUUUUUGAAUGGGAUUUUGGUUAAAUGGCUUAAAUAAGGUUGGUGGCAAACACAAACUCAAGAUACUUUCACGUUUUAUUCUACGACACUAAACACAUCACUCUUGACUUUUUAAAUCGGUUCCGCUUCUGUAAAAAGACGGUUGCUCAAUGGGUCUACAGGCGAUGUCGGACUCAUUAUACGUCAUCGAGCUGAACUGGUCUGGAAUGAAGCCCGCUUUUAGAGCUUGUGUUGGGCGUUUGGAUAUGUCUGUUUUUUUGGUUAAGUGUUUUCGUAAGUAGUGUUUUAUAGUUUGUAGUGUUUAUCGAAUUGGGGAUUCAUAUUGUGUGUAGAUAAUGCCUUCCCUUGCAGAGACCGUCAUGACAGAUUCAUUUGUUGUUCAUUUAUUUUAAUAAAACAUUUUUAUGAAGAUACUGCUGACCAUAGUGCAGUCUGACUAUUGCCUGCUCUUCGUAAUACAAAUGUGUAAAUAAGUGUGUAAAGUGUAUUUAAUUUACUGACAUUUUAACGUAAUCUAAGGUGCCCUAUAAUAAAAA